AUGGCUUAUGACACCCUUAAAGAACAAGGAGAAAACAUCAUUCCGUACCUAACAAAAGCUUGGACAGAUAUAUGUGAAGCAUUUUUACAGGAAGUCAAGCGGAGUUACGGCAAACGCAUUCCAACAUUUGAUGAAUAUCUUGAGAAUGGAUGGCGAUCGGUUUCAGGAGUUGUGAUACUCACUCACACAUAUUUUCUGUUGGAUCAAAAGAUCUCAAAGCAGGCACUGGAAUGCUUGGAAGAUUGCCACCAACUCUUGCGUUCAUCGUCAAUUAUUUUUCGACUUUGCAAUGAUAUGGGUACUUCAUCGGCAGAGAUAGAGAGGGGCGAAAGUGUAAAUUCAAUAACUUGUUACAUGAACGAAAUCGGAUGUUCUGAGGAAGUUGCUCGAGCAUACUGUAGUAGUUUGAUAGGUGAAGCAUGGAAGGAAUUGAACAGAAUCCGUGUUGAUGACGAUUCACCUUUUGACGAAUUCUUUGUUGAAACAACUAUUAAUCUUGCUCAAAUUGCACAAUUUCUUGUUUGUUUUGCGAACCAAUUCGUCUCUGAGCGUGGCAAUACGUUCUUUGGUGGUGGUCAAGUCAAUAUUAAAGUAUUCUCUAAGACUCCUUUGAACUUACUCCUGGUUUUCCGAAUGCCGUAA